AUGAGUGAAGAAAUACAGGCGAUGAAAUAAUUGGUGUCGUAGGUGGAUAAGCUUAAGACAGCCAAAAUGGAAUAGCAAUAUGAACCGAUUCUGCAAGCUUUAUAAAGAGUAGAGUAGUAUAUGGAGGAGACCGUCACAGCAGAUGGUCGACAAUAUUUACCAGAGUUGAUAAACAUCUGUGUGAAUUUCAUCAUCAAUCAUAAGGGUUAUCCAGAUAGAGUGAUUUUCAACAUAGAAGCAUUUAUAAAGUGCGUAUUGAAAUACAUUUCCAAUAAUCUCUAAGAUGAGAAGGUAAGCUAAAUAUUUAGGACUAUAAUGGACCCAUCUCGUAUGAUAUAUGAGCAUAAUGCACAUCGUACUGAAUGGCAUGAUCAAUUCAUUAAAUAUUCUUACUCACUCAAUCCUCAAUAUAAGUAAUUCAUUGACCAACUUUAAGAAGGCACUUAUGUAGAUUGUCUGCGUCUCUGUCGUAGCACUGCUCGAUGGAAUUGGUCAAGAGGAGUGGUAGAAGAACACAGUGAAGACGACAUAAAGGUUAGAUUUCUAAACGAGCAAUCUGUCAAACAAAUAUACAAUAUAAGAAGUGGUCAUCUCAUGCCAUUUAGAACUCGAUCUCAAAGAUUAGAUCAAAUGUUCAAUCUUUAAAUAGGCUAGGUGAUCCUGGCAACCCAAUCAGACAAAUGGGUUUUGAGCACUAUUUAGCAACGUAUUGAAGAUAAAGACAUAGAACCUAUUGUUAAUUAUAACAUAGCAUUUCGCUUUUAUACAGAGGAUGGAAAUUCAAUAGAUGAUGAAUCUUAGAAAAAAUUUAUUGGUUAUAACCGACAUUAUGAUGAACAAAUAACUGCAUGUCAUCCUAGACUAGCAUUUUGUGAUGAUCAUAUUGUAAGGAAAUUCAACUCAAAUGAACAAUAUAUUGAUGACAGUUAUGAUAUCCUAUACUAAUAAGAUUAUCAAGAAGAGAAAUUCUAUGCUAUCUUGAGACCUAAACAAUCAAAGAGUUUUCUUUUGAUUUAAUUUAUCAAUCAUUUUGGAUAUUUUGGAGGAUUCGAAAAGAUACUCAACAUUUAAUCAGUUGAUAUUCUGGCCAAUUACAUGUCUGCUAUUGGCAACAUCCAUGCUUAAUUGUUCAGAUCUUUCUGCCAAGAAUACGUUCCCAAAUUGUAGGGUUUGAGACAAACUUUGCUUCAUUCUGAUGAGUAAACCUUGAGAAAUAUGGGAAGAGAGAAGAUGAAUUUGAUCAUCCAAGCCUUUAAAGUACUUUUGGAUAGAAUUAUGAAUGAGGAAUAAAGGAGAGAAUGGCUAUAAAAGUUGAGUUUGGAAUUUGUGUAGGUUUGUUUCAAUUGUAAUUUCUUGGAUAAGAAAAUUAUGGGAUUAAAGCUGUUGACUGAUAUGUUGAAGUAGGCUAGUGUUGAUAAGAGUCCUUAAACGGUUUUGUAAUGGAUUGAAAGUGAGAAUAUCAUGGAGACAUUGUUUCAUCAUAAUACACAUCUUCAAUUACUUGAGAGGACAAAGGAGUUGAUCAGAAUUUAUUUGAACAUCGAAAAUGCAUUUACAGCCAAACAUAUGUCUAUGAUUUGGGAUCUGAUGUAAUAGAAUGAUAAUGAAUUGAGACCCAUUAUUUUUAAAUUAAUCAAUGAAAUUGCAUUUGCUAUGCGAGAAUAUCAUGUGAUUUUCUUUAUGGAAUAAAUCAAAUAAUUGAAAGAGGAUUCAAUAUUGAUCGAGCAUGUUUAAUUAUUAUAUGAAAUGAAUAGAUAUUAAAUUAAAAAUUAAGAAUUGAUAAUUUUGUCAAUUGAUACUUUAUGGAGAAUAAUUGAAUAUGCUGGUUAGUCAUAAAAGCAGUCUUUAGAGGAUAAAUCAAGGUCAUAUCUUUGUGAUUUGAUCAAGAAUCUAGAGAUUAAGGAAAUUAAAGUUCAAAUGGUUCAAAAGUUAAUAUCAAAUAUUUAAUAAAUGAAAGUAGAGAGUUCAUCAAUUAAAACACUAUCUCAUUUUAUAUGUUCAUUUCCAUCAAAAUAAUAAUCAUAACCAUAACAACCAGACAAUAAUGCAGAAUCAUAGCCUUCCUAAGUUAUGACAUAUCCUUUUGUGUAGAACAAUCCUAACCUUAUGCAAUAACAGAAAAUUAAGGAAGAAAUUGAAUAAUCUACUUAAACUGAAAGCAAGGUAGAAGAGAUAACAUAGGAUGAAUUUGUGAAGGACCUUAUUCAACAAUCUAAUAUCCAUCAAAUUUUAAGAUAAAAUAUAGAGAAUCUUCGAAUUUAAAAUAAAGGCAUCAAUGCAGAGACUCUAUAAGAAUCAGCAAGAUACAUGAAUAAAUUAUAAGAAAGAAUUCUUUUGAUUAAAACUUUAAUUAAAAUUAAUGGCACUGCAGCAAAUAUCAUUAAUCAAUAAUUUCUAGAUUUAAUUUGGAAUGAACUAAUUUUGAAACCUAUUUGUAAACAGGAAUGUGAUAUGGCAAGCAAUUGGUUAAGAGAUCUAGUUGAGAAAGAUUAAUAAUUCAGUCUGACUGAAUUAGAUGCAUUCUAUUUAAGACUAUUAAAUUCAGAUUCACAUCUCACUGAAAAUGCAUUUAAUUGCUUUUAGGCAAUACUGUACUAUAUAAAUCAAAAAGAGUAUCGAUUACAUAGACAAUAAUCAAAUUUGAAUUAAAAUUGUGAUCAAUAUGGGAAUAUUAUUAGUAUGACCAACACAAAUGUUAAUGAAAAUGAUCAACAAUUAGAAUUGACUCUAUUAGUGGACGUGAAUUAAAUUAUAGGAAUUGAAUAUUUAUGGCAUAUAGUGUUUAAUUCUCAACUGGAUAAAGCGGUUUAAUUGUUGGUGAAAUUGAAUUUAUCGCAAUAAGAACAAUUCAUAGACAGGAUCUUGGAUAAGAUGGAUUGUACAAAUGAAUAGACAAUACUUAAAUGUUUGGAUGUUCUGAGAAAUUUAUUGAAUGAAACUGAGACUAAAGGUGUUGGAUCCUUGCUUUCAUUGGAUGGUUUAGUAAAAGGAGACGGAUUUAGUAUCAAUAUUGUGAAUGACAUGGGAGAUGGAGCUCCUAGUAACAGAACAACAAUAAAGGUGUAUUCUAGAAUGACUAUGUUUGAAUUGAGAAGGGUGAUAGCGAAAGAGUUAUAUACCAAUUGGGAAUAGGUGAAAUUAGUAAGAAAUGGGGUUACAGUGUAGGAUACAGAUAAUGGUAAGACAUUGAAACAGAUGAAUGUUAGAAAGAGUGAAGUGAUAAAUGUGUACAGAAGAAAGACAAAGCCGAUUCCUUAACUACCUUUGGUUGAGGAUAACAAAUUAACACCUAAAUUUAUUAAAGUCUUGCAUAAGUUGUUUGAGUUGUAUUCAACAGACGGUAAGAUGAGUUCAGAGCAAUUGUCUAGUUUUGGAGUGAAGGCUGCAAAUGAUGAGAGUUUUAAAGAUGGAAAGAAAAUCAAAGAAGUGUGGAACUUGUAUGGUGAACAGAAAGGAUAUUUAACAGUUGACAAUUUUAUUUCAUUUUAUGAAGAUUGUUGUAUUCGAUAAAAGAUUUCAUCUAUAGUUUGGAAGAACUUGCAUUCAUUUGGUUAUAAGAAUGAUCUAACAUUAAUAGAAAACGAUGAAGUUGAUUUAGAUGAACAGAAAUUGCCUCGUUAUUAAUUGGCUCACAAUGAAAGAUUCUAUAGAUUGAUGUUCCACUUCAUUAAUCAAAGCGAUUAGAUUGCUUAAGAAUGUUGGAAGUUAUUGUGUUCUCUGCCAGUUUUUGAAGCAGCAAAGUAACGAAUUCUUAACUUUGAAGAUUUCACAAAGGAUAGAUCUUAUUAAUUAAUAUAUUCAAUCAAAAUUAUCGAACAUCUUUUGUAUACUGAAGAAUAUUGUAGAAACUUUGUUAAAUAUGGCGGAUUCAAGUAAUUACAAUUCAUUUUAAACAACUUGGAAUAAGAGAAUAUUAAAAUUGUGAAAUUAGCAUAAUGUUUGAUUUUGAACAUUCUCUGUAGACACAUAUCUGCUUAAUUCCAACCUAUUUUCAAUAACAUCUACCAAAUUCAGCAGCAUGUCAAGUAACCAAUUUAAGCUACAUUUGAUACCAUUGCCUAAUUAAUCGAUGGUACCUACCCAUCCUCUUCUGACAAUAAACCUUUAUUAAGAGUGAAGGAGACUGAAGAAUUCUUAGAAUUAGUCAAGUUUAUGAAUGGGUUAGAUAUCUAACUAGAUUAUGUUGAUUUGUUAAAAUGCAUAAUCAGCAUGUAACUGGAUAUAACUGAAGACAGAUUUAUCAUUGAGUUUAUUUUAAUUUUAAUCACUACAAUCGUUGGAUAUAAUUUGGGCAAUUGCUUAGAUUACUUUGUUUCAUCUAUCCAAACAAUUAAAUAACGUUAUGAAUAGUUAUUAUAUGCUCCCAAGUAAUUAUUAAUAAGGAAAUUUGCAGGAAAUUCUUUGUAUUUGAUAUUCAAAUGUUAGAAUCAGUUGGGAAAGAUUUUAAUUAAUAUAUUAAUUGAAUUGUUUCCAAAAAAUGAAAACAAGGAAUCGUAAUCCUAUUUUGAUUUACUUGCUAAGUUGAUUCAGGAAUCAAAAUACAGUGAUAAAUAAUUUGCAGAAAAUAUCAUAGCACAACUAAAGGAAUAUGAACCAACAGAAUCAAGAAUUGGGUUGACAUCUGAUAAGACUCUUACAGGUCUACUAUCAAUUUUAGAAAGUUUGAGUAUUGUAGACUAAAGUAUAUUGACAUAAUAAUUGAUCAUGUACUUAUACCAGGUUCACUUGUUUUGCUUCCAUUUAAAUACGUUUUAGCUUACACCCUAGAAAUAAUACACUCCAGAUUAUGUUAAGAGCAAGUCUCCUGAGAGCAGGAAGAUUGUUUAUAGAAUCAUAAUAUUAUAUUUAAAGUAGAAUUACAAUCCAGAGAUGUUGGAUUUAAAUACAAUCAUAUACCAGAUCAUUAUAUUUAGUGGAUUUGAUAUAAAAUUGAAUCCAAAAACAUAUCAUGGUUUUGUGGGCAUUCGUAAUUUGGGAUGUAUUUGUUACAUGAAUGCUAUGAUGUAACAAUUCUUCAUGACUCCUGAAUUCAGGUACUGCAUGUUGAGAGCUGAAGAUGGUGUUGAAAAUUAAGUGGUUCAAUACAAAGAUAAUUAGGGUUUAGAAUAUCAAAUAGAUGAUAACUCAAUUCAUCAAUUCCAGAGAUUACUAGCCUAUUUGGAAUUAAGUGAAAGACCUGAUGUCAAUCCUCAAUUCUUUUGCUAUUCCUUUAAGGAUUAUGAUAAUCAACCUGUUAAUGUCUCCUUACAAUAGGAUGCUUAAGAAUUCUUAAAUCAAUUUUUUGAUCGUUUAGAUAAUUAACUAAAGGGGAAAGGUUGGUAACAAUUUAUUGAGUCUAUUUACGGUGGGUAGACUUGCAGUUAAAUGAUAUGCAAUGGGUGCAAAAAUAUGAGAGAGAAAUUUGAUCUUUUUUACACUCUUUCAGUAAAAGUGAAAGGGGUUAAAUCUAUUCAUGAAUCCUUUGAAAGUAUGAUUAAUGGAGAGGUCAUCAAAGAUUACUAUUGUGAAUAAUGCAAGUAAAAGAAUGAUCUCAUCAAACGACAAUGCUUAUAAACCUUGCCAAAUGUAUUGAUAGUCCAUAUCCAAAGAAUUGUGUUCAAUUUAGAUAUCUUCAUGAAUGAAAAAUUAAGUACUCGUUUGGAAUUCCCACACAAUCUCAAUCUAUAAUAGUACACAAGAGAAGGAUUGCUUAACUCUGACAUCAAGUAGUAAUCAUAUUAUUAAUACAAAUUGAAAGGAGUAGUGGUUCACAAAGGAACUGCUUAAUAUGGACACUAUUAUAGUUUGAUUAAUACCAAGGAUGAAAAGUGGUUGAAAUUUAAUGACUCUGUGAUUGAGGAUUUCGAUGUUAAAAGAUUACCACAUGAAUGUUACGGAGGCAAAGAUACUGAAGAUAGUCAAGACUUUCAAGAGUCUGGCAGUAGCACUAAUGCAUACAUUUUAGUAUAUGAGAGAAUACAGAAAGAGUAAGUAGAAUUGAAAUUUGCUGAUCUACAAUAAAAACAAGAGAUUAUGUAGAAAUUUGAUAGUGUCAUUUAAGAGGAGGACAAUUAAGAUCUUACAUAUAAACUAGAUUACAAGACUAUGACUUAACAACACAUACCAGACUCUUUGUAUCAGGAGAUUUGGCAUGAUAAUCACAGGUUUAUGAUGGAGAGACAUGUUUACAGUGAGGAAUUCUUUAGGUUUGUUAAAGAAAUCGGAGAUGCUUUUCCAUACCCUGAGGACUACGCCUUAAUCACAAAUCCAGAAUAAGUGCCAUAGUAUUUUGGCAUUUACAAUAACUAUUAAGACAUAUAGGGAUAAGAAAAGAUUUAUUAAUUGUUAUCGAAUAUGACAUAUAUAACAAUAGAAUUGAUUGCGAGGUCAUCCGAUCAUUCCACUAUUAAAAAUUAUGUACUCAUCAUUAUGAAUCUCAUUAAUAUUAUACCUACGAAUGCUUUUUAAGUUUUUCAAAAUAUGAUAGUAAAUCGUCAAUAACGAGUAUUUAAUGUAUUAUUGUGUGCUCCUGAUUACAAUAUAAGGCAAGCAAUAUAGCAAAUUCUCUUGCAUUUUAUAAAUGUUAUCACCUACAUUCAUGCUCUUUAAUUAAACACUGAAUUAUUGGCAGUUCUAUAGCCAGAAAGUAGCACAGUAAGUUGUGAUCAAAUUGUGAUGAGAUUCCUUAUUGAUUUAAUACAGAAACUAUAAAAUGAUGUUGCCAAAAAUCCAACUAAGUUCAUUUAUUAUUUCACCUUUUGGAGGGACUUUGUCAAAUCUUCAGUUAUCAAUGUCAAAUUUGCAAGUCAAAUAGAGUUGGUUUCCAUAUUUGCUGAUUUCUUUAUGGAAAAGCAAUCUCCUUAAGGAUUAUAAAAAACAUAAUUUUAUGAAUUCAUCUCUGAGAAAAAGAUAACUAUGGCCAGUAAGAUGGUUGUACCAUUCUAUUCCUAACUUUUCUAAUGCAUACAAUAUUUAUUGCAAGACCAAAAUUAUGUUUUAUCAAAAAAUGAUACUCUUUGUCUUCAAACUUAGAUCUUCUAUAAACGGGCUUUAACAGAAUGCCAAGAUUUUGAAACAGUUAAAUUGAUCAUCUAAAGAAUGGUAUUCAACAAUGAACCUCUAUCCAGAUCUGUAAUUGAAGUAUUGUUAGAAGAAAUCAACAAAGCCAACUAUGAAAGUGUGGGUUAAUACUUAGGGUUAGCCUACAAUCUCCUUAACAUUUACGAUGCUUAUCAACAAGAACGCAUUGAAUGGUUGCUUGGUUUCCCAGAGCCUAAUUAUUAAGACAAAUACACCACAGGUUGUUCAACCAAUUUAUCAUAUCAAAGCAUACUCUAUUAAUCUCACAUAGGCUCUUAAAAUGAUAACAUUUCAAUCCUGAAUUUAUUAUUUGAGAAUCAAAAAAGAUUUUAAAAUGUGGCUAUCCAAAUGAUGAAAAUGACUCUGGCUGCUGCUAAUGCGAAUAAAUAAGUAUUUUCCUAUUUGGUUAAUCUGCCACCUCCAUGUUAUUUAUACUCAAAAUACACAGAUUGGUUUGAAGGAUUUCUGAAUGAAUUCUUAGAAGAUUGUAAAAAGUAUCCUGUCAUAGCAACAACCAUAUUUUUCAAUAAACAAAAGGAAGUUGAAGAAACCUUAUAGUUUUGGCAGCAAUUUAAAACCAACUACUCUUAAAUAACAGAAAUUGGAUUAUACGAGCCUAUUCAACCAAUCUACAUCAUAGGCAAUAUAAUACAGACAGAAUAAAUCUCAAGUGUUGUCCAAGUUGAUGGAGUCAUCUUAGAGUGUUAUGAAUCCACAGUCUAUUUUGCUGAAUCUAAACCUACUUUGACAACCAAUAAUGUCUUCCCAAUGACAAUAUUGUAUGAUAACAUUUAUUUGUAAUCUGCCAAAGUAGAUCCCUCUUCUAAUGUUCAUCACCUGAUUCAACCACAAGGAUCUUUCACCAUUCCAAAACCCCCUCCUCUUCCAAAAAAGAAGGACGUUAUCGAUGGAAUUGAUUUUGGUACUGACAUUAAUAAAACAUCUGAGUAAAGUAAGGCUGAACAAGAAUCCAUGACUUAAUUGUCCUAGUUCUCAAUGGAAUUAGAACAUAUCUCAGAUGCAAAUAAGUAGGGUGAUGUCCCCACUGCUAUUCCUCUUGUACAAUUUGGAGAGACACCCCAAUAAUUAAUACAUUGUGAUAUUGAAAUUCAAAUGGCUCCUAUGUUGAAGAGAUUCAUGUUGAAUAAUACUACAAAUCAAACUCUGCACAUAACUUAUUAGAUUACUCUUGAUCCAGAUUUCAUGGUUAAUUUUAGGUAGUAACUUUUAAUGAAUGAUAGACAUCCAGCUAAAAUUUGUAAGGUUGUUCCUCCCCAUAGUUCUGUAUACUUGACAACAAUUAUGAAGACAAUUCCUUCGAUGGAUUGGGGACUCUUUAUAGAAACCAUGGACAUUAAUUUUAAUGAAUAAGGCAACUCUGCUCCAUAGUAGCAACCUAAAAAACAAGUGAGAAUCGAUGAAGAAGUUUAAGUGUUCAUGCCUAAUCUUAAACCAGAAACAGGAUCCAAAAAUGAUGACAAUAUGCAAUGUCCAGUUUGUACAUACUUACAAUCAAAUUCAAACCACUUUUGUGAAAUGUGUACUUUUGAAUUUAAGUGA